ACCAACGUGCCCUGCGCGAUACGCGACCUAAAACACGCGUCUACACCUACACUUACACCUACAACACUAACGAUCCUUCAUAGGCCAAAGCAUACAGUAGAGGCAAGGGAAGCGGAGUGGAGUAGUAAAUACUCACGUGCCCUUCGUCGGGUGGCGAAAAGGCAUCAAGCACUCUCCCAAGCACCCCCGUAUGUACUGGGCAUUGUCGGUCUGGCCGAUUCUUAUCAGUAUAUCCACGGGGUACUGUGCUACAUCGUUGAAUCGCGACCCAGGAGAUGGCUGCGUAUCCUUGACCUCCACGGCUCGGCAGGGUGUGAACUUGCCAUAGACAUCCCAACCCUUAUCCGCGAGGCCAUACCAAGAGCAGUAAAUACAAGUUUCGGGCCCUGUAUCAUGCAAAUGGUAUCACAUCAUGCCUGUUUUCCUUUGCGCUACCAGAUACGGAAAAUUGGCUCCUGAUGUUUAAGGCCGAGGAACAGCGAAUCGUAGCCAAGGUCCAGUUAGAAUCUACGGCUAAGAUAUUCGUUCGAAAUAAUAAGGACUAUCUAUACUUUGGUACCCACUCAGAAGAGGGUGCAGACGGAUUUAGGAUGAACGACUCCUUCUGGUUUCCCCAGAAGAUACAUCUAACGGCCCUGGUUGGUUAUGAUAUUGGUUCCACCGUCUGCUUCGAAAUCAUUGACGACUACUUCUACGGGUUGUCCAAUCAGACGGACUUUGAGAUCAGAGAAACAAACUGGACCUCCUAUUACCAUUGUUUUCGCUUUCCCCUCGACGAUCCAGACCCUAAGAUGACCCAGACUAUGGAAAAAACUUAUAGCUGGAGGAGGCAGCAUGCCGAAGGCCCCAUUGACGAUAGGUGGGGUUUUCUCAAGUCAGAGAGAGACCAGACCUCUGGUAGACUACAUAUUAUCGAGUCCCGCAAAGAAUGGCUUAAUGGGCAAAGCGGCAGUCGGCGGAGUUACUAUAUCACAAAGGUUGUCUUCGACCCAGAGUUAGAGGUGUCGGAAGAGGAGAAUAGCGACACGGAGCCCUCAAUCACCGACGGCAGCACCAGCGACAGCACCAACAUCACCGUCUGUCUUCAAUUUCCUCUUAUAAAUAGUAGAAAGAUUAACUAUAUAUCAUUACUCCUCUUAAUCCCACGAAGUAGCCUAGAAGUCAGUGAUUCUAUUCUCUUUUGCCCUCAAUUACGAAUCAAGCUUAAAAAGACGACGGAUAAAAAUACCAUACUAAGCCCCGCAAUCUAAAGUCAACUAUAAUAUCUAUUUGAACACGUAAAUAAAAAAAAAUACUCCUUGUUCACUCUUAAAUCCAUUCGGCUUCAAAUUACGGACCGCGGCUUUAGUUAAGAUGGCAAGUUA